UACUAGAAACAUUACUUCUUAUAAUUAUUCUUCAAUCUGUGAUAACCUAAAAUUUUCGGAUAUCAUUCAUGAUACUCAAAGAUUAUAAUCUUUAUCAAAACCAACUGGAGUAUUAUUAUUAAUUCUUAGAAUUAUAUAGAGGCAGAGACAACCUGAUCGAGGCUUUUUACAGUUAAUAUGUCGACUGCAAUUACCAACAUCCUUCAAGGUUUUCAUAAUUUUAAUGGUAUAACUCUAGGGGAUAGAAAAAAAGAAUUAUUCCAAAUUCUCAGACAAUAUGGAGACCCCAUUCCUACUACGAGAGAAAUUGAGCUUUUAAUUGAACAUUUGGAUCCUACAAGUUAUUUGGAGCACAAGAUGUUUGUCGAUAUUCUAAUUUAUUUUAAGUGUGAGAAAGAACUUUUGACACUUUUCUUUGGAGGAAAUGAAAAACUAAUCAAAUGUCUCUGGAAGCACUCAUGGUUUUUCACAAAUUUAUUGGAAAAUUCGUCUAUUGAAUGGAUCAUUGAUGAAAUGUUUCCUCAGUUAUCUUAUGUUACAAGAGUGAGAUUUAUCAAAAAUGUCAUCUAUUAUACUAGAGAUGAGCAAAAGAUUGAUAAAUUGUAUGAUAAUAUUUUACACAAAUAUGGGGCAGCAAAUGCACAGUAUAUCUUAGCUGGAUGCAGUUUGGAAAAAAUAAUGAAUGCGAUUUCUCGUGGUGAUAUUAUCAAAUUCUCUAACAAGCAAGUAAUUUUUCUUCAUAAGAAUAAAAAAGCCUGCUUUCAACAAUUAAUCAGUAUGAAUAGGAAUACCAAAAUUUUUGAUUUUUAUGACUAUCACUCUAAAGCGUUCAAUAUUAUUGCUGGAUCAGAUUUGAAUAUUUUCUUUGAAGUUUUCACUGCUAGAGAUUGUUCGAAAAUAGGUAAAAGAUUAACAAAGAAAAUUUUGAAGACGCAAAUGCCUUAUGUAAUCAAGGAGGCUUCCCAAAUUUAUGAAAGAGUUCACAGAAGAACGUUGAUGAAGAGUUUAGGAUCCAAUUUUGAAAACUUCUUUUUCUCAACAUGGCCAUCUUCCUUCUCCGACUUCCAACUUUAUAAAUGUUUAGCUUUUAUGAAGUACUGUCCUAAGAGGAAAUAUGUAGAAGUUCUACAACAAGGAUUACAGAAAAUGUAUGCCACAUCUUUGUCUCAGCAUCCUGAGUUGAUCAACGAUGAAUUAUUAGAAAAAACAGAUAAUAUCGAAAUGAGGGAGUCUCUGCUAGAAUUGAAGAUGCAGGAUUCUAAAGAAGACUAUACACUUCCAAAAUAUUAUGGCAUUGAAAAAUCAGUCCCAAUUCUCAAGAAGAAAAUAAGUGCAGCUGAUGGAGUGAGAACUAGGGAAAAUCUGAUUAUAGCAUUGAUAAAAACAUGUAAAAUAAACAAUGAUCUUGAUGCUCUGCUUAAAGUACAAGAAUACUUCAAUUUCAGACACAAAAAUGACGAUGAGUCAAUAAGAUCUUCAUUUCUAUCUGAAUUGAAAAGUUGUUUCGAUUUAACCGAACUUAACGAAGAACAUUGGAAUUUCAUCCUUGAAAUGAUAAAAUGGAACAAAGUGAAAAAUGAAUAUUUCUGGGGGACAGGGGAAAUAUUUAUGUUGCGCAUUAAGUUUUUAUACAAAAAUGAUGUAGAAAUGUCUGUUAUCAGUGAACUGUUUUUUGAGACUUAUCUAUUGGACAUAUUCAAAUCUUUCUCAACUUGCUGGGCUUUACUUAAUGAUGUUCCAACACUGCAAAAAUUUUUAUUGGAGAAAUUCAUGCAGUUAUUGCCUUCCUUAUUUUCCAAGGAAAAAGAAAAAGUAGAUUAUCAUUUUAAAGUCUUCGAGACUGUGCUUGCUUGGAACAAAGAAAAUGCCAAGAGUACUAUAAACUAUCUACUAUAUCCAGAAAUAAGAGAGGCAAUCAAGAUACAAUUGAAAAAACCUUGUCGAAGUUAUUCAAAGAAUUCUAAUUACUUGAAUAACUUUAUAAAAUGUAAGAUACCCUGUGAAGAUAUGGAAUUUCUGGCUGAACUUGAAGAGAUUUUUUGGGGAAAUAUGUUGGAGAAAUUUGAUAUCGAUGUUAUCGAGUAUUACUUGAGAAGAAAACCAAUGAAACUAGUUGAACAAUUCGAUAAAUUCAUUUUGGGCAUGGAGAACAAUUACUUAUGUGAUUCAGUAACCGUUUGGCGCUUAGUAAAACAUUAUGAUCAUAUUUCGUUAGUGAGAAUGGUUAUUGAUUAUUUAAUUAGCACUACUCAACUCAAGUUGCGAGGAAAUCUUGGAAUAGGACUAGCAAUUCUCAUCGAACCGGAGGAAUAUAUAAAAUUUAUGUCAACCUACAGAAAUGAAAUGUUGGAUGUAGACGAUGAAGUUCAAGUAAAUAAUCAUCAUUUAUCAAUGAAAUUAUUAGAAUAUGCGAAGUAUAAUGAUUCUUUCACCAUUUUGCCGCAUGUGGUGCAAUUUUGUGCCGGUGACACUCUGCAUGAGGCUUUGCCUCCUUUAUAUUACUAUUUUCAACAUUCUCCAGAGAAAUAUUUACUCGAACAUCUUAAGGUGCUUUCUGAUCGGGCUGUUUCAGUUCGAAAGCAUGCUGUGAAGUUAGCUUGUUCGGUUUCACCUGUAGAGAUUGUUUAUACUCUAAUUCAAACAAUGACUGAAGUUGAAAAAAAUCAGUCCGCUUUGGAACAUAUAUUUUGGAAAACGUUCAAAUAUUUCCUUGUUAACAAAUCUGAAAGAUUUUGGAUCUUACUGCAAUCCCAAAUGAAAUCUUUGGAUAUCUUAGAAUCUAACGCAUUUAAGGAUAGUUGUGACUUGAAAAAGAUUCCGAAGGAGUAUAGACUCACAUACUUGGAUUUUAUUUGGAAACUUCUGGAUGAGAAGGAAAAACAGGGACAAAAUGUUUUCGAGUUCAAGGAAUCUAUAAUUGAAUCGAUAACUUCUGAAAUGUUCAAGGAACUACCAUAUGAAUUUUGUUCCCGAUUCAUCAAAGAGGAGUUUCUGAAGUUUGGCAGUAAAAGUGAUCGAACAGUUAGAUUGUUUACCCUGAACUGUUUGAAGUAUUCUACGCAGACAGAAUCUUUACUCACUGACGUUUGCAACAUUAUAAGGGAAUUCAAGACAAAUUACAUACUCAAUCCAGAAUUCAAAAUAUCCCUCAAAAGUCGACCUUAUGUGGAUAACUUUGUGUCGGAUAUAUUUUAUGAUCAUUCAAAGUUAAAAUUAUCCACACUCGAGGCUUUUUUUCAAAAUUGGGUGUCUAUAUUCUCAGCAGUAGAAGAUAUCAACAAUUACAUCAGGUUGACGUUAUUGAUAGAAUUGAAGAAGGUGCACAAUCUGGAAGAUUUCAUCAAGAAGGUUGCUGAAACUUACAAGCGAUUUUUGAAUCAUUUCGGUAUUUUUGGUGUGGUUGAUUGUUUCAAAGAUGCCCUCUCCUAUCUUUUGCCCGAGAAUAUUUUUGGUACUUCAAGCAAUAAUGAGAAAUUAUAUAAACUCGCCUUCCAUUUAACAGAACUUGGGGAUGACGAUUUGAAGUUACUCGCUAUUUCUUUAUUGCCCAAGGAAUAUCCUGAGAACGUUUACUGCAUUGAAGUUCAACAAAAAUUGAUUGAAAUUUUCAAAGAAUCAGAAAAUGAUUCUGUUCUUCUUAACGUUAACUUAUAUAUAAACAAUCUACAUUGAUAUGUUUUGCGGUAUUUCAGCCUCUUGUUUUUAUUAUAUACACUAUAUUUACCUGUGAAAUUAGUGAUAAGUGUCGAAAUGUGAUAACAAAGUGCAAAAUUUCUAUACUAAUUGAUUAACAAUUUUUGAAAUGAUUUAUAUGCUUUUUCUUGAUUGAAUAAAAUAUAUUCUGAAUUAAUUUCGA